AUGCAGAAGAAGGGUAAAAAAGUGUCAUUUUCCAGUAAAAGGAAAGAAUAUGGUUCGGGACCAGGGUCAAACUCGGAGCUGGUAACAGUCGCCAAUGAACCUGUUGAAAAAAACGAUUCAAGUGAUGAUAAUUCGGACGUUGGAGGAUUCUUGGGUGAGGGAUUUAAGGGUAAAACUGGAAGAGGGCCACACAGGAAUGUUACAGAUACUCCAAAGCCUUCGAUCUUCACUCCAGAGCCUUCAAUUGCAUCGUUGCCGAUACAUCUACUACCUAUUCUUUAUUUUUCGUUUGGACCGGCCGAUGCAAAGGGCGAUAUUUAUGGAAGGAUGAAAAGAACAUUGAUUAUAUUAAUCAUCUUACAGUGCUUCUCCUUUUAUGGAAUUGCCCUUACUGUGAAUAUGAAGCGGAGCAGAUGGAAAUUAAAACAGAAGACGAAGAAUGUUAACAGCAAGAAAAUAACCGAGUCCCGCAAAAAUACGCAUAUUUCCAUGGACAAUGGCGAUAUCUUGGGUAUAUUGUUUGCGUUCUUUAUUAGCAUACUAGCAUCUGUUCCAAUAUAUAUUGUCCUCAUAUUGUUUGGCGCACCAAUAAGUUCAUACACAUCCUUAACGUUCUUACUUGCCCUUCACAUCUCAAUAAUCGCUACUUUCCCACUUUUAUGCACAUACAGAGUGGCAUCAUCCGAUUUUCAUUACUGUUGGGUGAACUUGCUUACCUUCCAGGUGGAUAAGUUUUACAAAAAUCAGAUUUAUAUGAUGGCGGUUGGUGCAAUGGUUGGAUGCUGGUUGGGAGUUAUUCCUAUUCCUUUAGAUUGGGAUAGACCUUGGCAGGCCUGGCCAAUCACAUUACUUGUGGGAACUUAUGUGGGUGCGACUGUAGGAAAUCUUAUUGGAUACUUUGCCGGAAGGUUUUUGUGA